AUGUCAACCCAACCGCCGCCGCCCCUGCCGCUCGACUUCUCCGCCGUCUUAUCCGAAUCGAAGCGCAUAAUCAACGCCCACUCCCGCCACUUCCUGGCCCUCUCCGUCCUAUUCCUCCUCCCUCUCUCCUUCUCCGUCACCGUCUUCUCCACCAUCCACAACCUCCUCCUCCACCAUCACUCCGGCCACCGCCCCAAAUCCCUCCUCUCCCGUCCGCCGCCGCUCCUCCCCAGCCUCGCCCAAUUGAACUCCCAAUCCUCCGAUCAGUUCAAUUUCCCCCGCCGCCACCACCACCACCACCACCACGAUGACGACGACCUCCAACUCCCAAUCGAAACCCUUGCCCUCGUGGCCUGCUUCGCCCUCUUCUUCUUCGUCUUCACUAUCCUCGCAAUCGGCUCCAUCAGUUACAGCGUCCUCCACGGAUUCUAUGGCCGACCCGUCAAGUUCGUCUCCGCCAUCAAAUCCGGGUUGACUUCCUUCUUCCGUCUCUUCAUCACCCACAUCGUCGUCGAGCUCCUGCUUUCCCUGGUGGCGCUUCUCUUCCUCUGCUCAUUCUACUUCGUAAUCAAGGGUUUGGACUUGGUGUGUCUCGAAAUCGACACCGAUUCUCCCUACUUCCUAGCACUGGCCGUCGUCUACUCCGUCGUCCUGCUCGCCGUUCUCCUCUAUUUCAAAGUAAAUUGGUCUAUCUCCUCCGUGAUCGUCGUGGCGGAAUCCAGCUGGGGAGUUCCAGCAUUGAGGCGCAGCGGGUAUUUGGUGAAAGGGAUGCGGCGAGCGGUUCUCUACUUCUUCCUCUCGUUUGGACUCAUCUCCGGGAUAUUGACUUGGACCAGCUCGAUUGCAACCGCGAAAUUGGGCGGCGACGCCCUUGGCGGCAGCCAAGGGUGGAAUAGCUGGUUCUUUGUGGCUCAGAUUGUGGUGACUUCCGCUCUUUUGACUCUGAUUUUGCUCUACUUCUUCGCUGCGCAGACGGUUCUGUAUAUGUACUGCAAGGCUGUUCGCGGGGAGCUUGCUUCAGAGAUUGCGCAGGAAUUCGCGAGGGAGUAUGUCUGCUUGCCUUUCGAUGAUGAAAAGGUGCCUCAUCUUGUUUCUGUUGUCUACACUUGA